UGGCAGCUAUUUUAAAUGGUUGCUGUAAAAUUCAGUAGCAUGGUUUCUGAUACUGGUUGUAAUGUUCAUGGUUGGUUGUAAUGUUACAUAAUCGCAGUUCAGUAAAGUGACGUUAAAAGAAUAUAUAUACUAGUCUCUACUUCGUUUCAUCAAUCAGCUUUCUGCAAGAAUCUAAAAUUGGGAAAUAAGAGUGGAUUUUGAUAAACAUCGAUUUGAUUUUUCAAAAUUAGCUGGGGACCAGGAUGGCCGUGAAUGAAGAUUGUCAAGAUGUCACAACGUGGGGAAAAUACCAGCUUAGAUUAAGCAGUAUGCUAAUUUUAAGUUCAUUGUUUUGUGGUGUUCUGGUAUUCCACAUCGUCUUCACGUCAUACGAACCCAAACACAGGUGCUACAUACCAGAAUUAGAUGAAGAAAACAGUUUGUCGUAUACGAAGUCAAACACAACAGUAAAAAAUGAAAGUGCAGAAGAACUCAACACAAUACCGCCUGAGUACUCAAGUGACCAAUACGAAAUGUAUAUUCCAAGAGAGGACAAUGAAACGUCAUCUGAGUUCAGCAGCUGUGAGAUGUACAAUCAAUCAACAAAUUUUGAUUCUGGGAAAUUGAUUCAGACAACAAAUUGUAAAUAUGGAUAUUUUUACGAGGAAGGAAAAGGGUCUACAGUAACUGAGUGGGAUCUGGUAUGUGAUAGAGCGUGGAUAAAACCUUUAACAGCUUCAAUAAUGUUGUGCGGUUCAGCUCUUUCCUCUUUGACUGUUGGUUGGAUAGCAGAUAGAUAUGGGAGACAGAAAAUUUUUCUUAUGACAAUUCUUGGAAGAUUUAUCUGGCUAUUCAUCUGCGCGUUUUCGACGAAUCCUUGGAUGUUUGCUGCUACCAUAUUCUUUGUUAGUUAUUGCAAUAUGGGCAGUUUUGUCGUGAAAGUAGUUUUAGUAUCUGAAAUGCUGUCAGCCAGAAAUAGAACAAUAGUAGUGAAUUUAUUAUAUGUUGCUUUUGCUCUCGGAUACAUGAUAUUACCUGUUAUGGCUUACAUAACACCUUCUUGGAGAUGGUUACUUGGAUCCAUAUCUGUGUUGGGCGUUAUACAAAUUCCUUGCAUAUGGUGGGUUCCUGAAUCCUAUCGGUGGCUUAUACAACGUGGCCAGAGGGAUCGUGCGAACAAAUUGCGAAGAGAAAUCGAACUAUAUAAUGGAUAUACUAGACAUGCUGCUGAUCUCGGGAAUCUUACGGACUCAAAACUUAACGACUCGAAAUUCGAGGGGGAACUUUAUUCUGAUGACAUUAAUAAAACGAAUGAAGAGCGAUUUGUAUCAAACGUGAAUUGUCUUGACUUAUUUCGGGCUUCGAUAAUGAGGAAUCGUCUUUUUAUCAAUUUCUUCACCUGGUUGGUCCUGAACAUUACAUACUAUUUCUUCAGUUUAAACACAAGUAAUCUUGGAGGAAGCGCAUAUAUAAACUGUUUUCUUGCUGGUGCUGUAGAAAUCCCUGCAGCCAUUGUAAGCUUUGUUUUCAUGAGGUUGAUCGGGCGUAAAUAUGCUUACGUUACUUUGGGAAUGACAUCAGCUUUAGCAAUAAUCUUAACUCCGUUUGCUAUAUCUUGGAAUACUGCAUCUGGGGUAACAAUUGCAAUGAUUGGAAAAUUUGCCAUUACUUCAGCAUAUGACGUCAUGUACCUGUAUACACCUGAAAUGUUCCCAACUCUUCUGAGGUCUGUAGCAUUGGGAACAUGUACCUUUUCAGGCAACGUGGGGGCGAUAAUUUCUCCUUAUAUCGUAUAUGCAAGUGAAAAAUCUUCAAAAUCACUUCCAUAUCUGGUUAUGGCGGGGCUGACGUUUAUUACAGUUUGCCUUGUGCUUCUUCUCCCUGAGACAAAAAAUGUUAAAGUUCCCGAUACCAUUGAAGAAGCUAAACAAAUGAAAAUUGAUAAACUUUUUUGCAUCAAUAAAUAACAAAUGUUUGUGUAAAUAGCAUUGCACAUAUGUUUCAGUUAAAAAAUAUGCUACUAUUGAUUGGUUAUAUCAGUGAAUCCUAUUCAAAAUUCAUCUCAUUUAAUUAAUAAAACUGAAGCUUUUUUGCUAUAUUCCUUUUAUAUUGUACUCUCGAAUUUUAUAUCAUACGCUGUGAAAAUAUAUACUGUAUUAUAUUAUUGGGUUCGUCAUCCCAAAGGCAUCAUCAACUGCUGACAAAACCUAUCAUAAUUUAAUUUGUGUUUAAAUAGAAUGUAUUCGAAUAUUUCGAAAGAACAAGUAGAUGUUGGGCGUAUGAUAUGAAUCGUUCAAUGGCUUGGAAACUUUCAGACGCAAUGCAGCGCAGUCUGAACUGAUAAGAGAAUUGAGAAUAUGAUUGAAAAGUGAAACCUUGGAUAAAGCACCAAUAACAUAUUCAAUAUUUCAUCGAAGAUUGUCGUGGUCAUAGAUCAGUCACAUCUUGUAAUCUCGUUGAAGGUGGUAAUGUGUAGCUUGAAUAUUACAAUUACGCACUUCAUCACAUGAUGCUUACGUACAACUGAACCUUCCCAUCAUGACUUGCAUACACUUCGAGAAGGGCAAUAACACCGUAAUCCAAGUUCGUCUUUCCCUCUAACACUGUUUGAAUUUUUUCCCGAAACGCCGGUGAUAAAAUCAAGCUAUAAGGAAUUAGUGUUUAUCGAGGUCCAUAAGUUUGCAUAAAAUGAAAUUGAGAUGAACUACUGCGAGAUGGCAAGCAAAUACCUUGCUCAGGCCGAUGGCUCAAAUAUAAGCUUGGAUAGAAUGUGAUUGGGAUUUGAAAAGCGUGAUAGUUGUGGCUCUGAGUGCCACACAGUUCCUCAAUAAUCGUUGUGUACUAAACUAUUGCGUGUGGUUAUGGCCAUCCCAAAUGGAACCAAGAGAACUGAUUCAAAGUACUAUUGUGACUAUUCGUCUCCUGGCGCGAAAUAUGUUGACUUUGCUACCAAUUCCAAACCCCAAUCAAAAUAAUCCGUUUUAAUUGUGUACAAUACUUCUAGAAAGGUUCAAUACAAGUUGAAAUUGUUGUCGAUUUUUGUAUCGCUGUCUAUUGUAACGCAAUACGGACACAAGUCGGAC